AUGCGCCUGCUGUCUGCUCGCACUGGCGUCAUUGCCUUCCUGCUAGCCCUUGGAUCGACGUGUGCGCUGGCCGCACCUCUCCAAGUCACCCUCUCGAGCAACCCUACAACAUGCCAGUCUACCAAAAUCACCUGGGACACAUCCGCUGGCACAGCACCAUGGACGAUCACAGUCGCACCGCUGGGCCACGUGCCCAUCUCCGUAUCAAUACCAGCCAAUUACAUGUCUGGAAACUCAUGGAGCUGGGACUGGAACGUACCUGGCUAUACGCGCGACGUAUCUUCAUUCAUUGUCGCAGUCUCGGACAGCACGGGUGCUGUCACGGGCACAUCUGCCAUGUCUCGCCUCUCCAAAGCAGGCUCAUGCUCGGCACCGGCUGAGCAUCUCGACUUUGUCUGGUUUCCGCCUUCCUCCAGUCCCCGACAAUGCGGCGACUGGCUUCUUACUGUGCAGGAGGAUCAUGGCAAUCUUGGCUUGAAGAUGCCGGUUGAUCUGCUCAUCCUGCCCGAAAACGACGUGCCCACUCGACUGCGCAUCACAGACGCCAAACGUAGCAGCAUCGAUUGGACGGUCAAUUAUGCUCGCGGCACCAACUUUGCCAUUGCUGCCUUUGACGCGGGGACAUCGGGUACCGGCGGCGUCGGUGGGCAGACGUACACAGUGGGGAACGGUAGGUCGGCGUCCUGUGUCGGCUCUAACCCCCGUGGAGCUGUGGCAGGGCUUCCGGCGGCUUCGAGUACUGCCGCUUCCCAGUCCGCGUCUACAGCUGCAUCAUCGCCCUCUCGCAUGACCACAUCGCGCAUUCCAGCAUCAGCGACGGCGAGCAACGCGAAGACUUCAGCGACCUCCACCGCUGCGGCAAAAGUGGAUGCUGCAAACGCAAAAUCCGGCAGUUCAUCUGGAGUCAUCGGCGGCGCUAUUGGCGGUGUUCUGGGAGCGCUCGUCAUCGUUGGGCUCGUCAUCUACUUCUGCAGGAAGCAGCGCAACAAGGGUCCUGACGAGUAUGGCGUCUACCCAAACGCCGAGAAGCGCACCUUCUUUGGCGGGUUCGGAUCAGGUCGUUCCUCCGACCGUUCUGCGUACACCAGCCGAGGUGGUCAGGGUGGAGACUUCGGUGCGUCUACCGAUCAGCAGGGGGGCAUCUCGCCGUUUGUCACCGGUCGCGCCUCGCCAUGGAGAUUCUCUUCACGUGCGGUGCGGCUGUCCGACCAGCAAGAUAUGGCGCAGCUCCCCGACGACCGCAGAGCUAUCGUCAAUCGCAUGAAUGACGGUCCCAGAUCGAUGGGUCACUCGAGCUCCGUGAGCUUGCACAGGGGCAGAGACUCGUUUGGCGGCUUGACGACGGGGGGUCUGCAACAUGCACCAAGCGUUCACACUGUUGUUCCAGACGAGGCGCUGUUCCCGCCUCCUAUGCCUGUCAACAGGAACAUGAUGCCGAAUCACGGGCCAUCGACUAGCAGCUUCGGUGCGGGUGUAGGAGCCGGUGUUGGAGCGAUGGGAAUGAAGCAACACUGGACUCGCGACCGUUCGGACUCUGGCAGUUCGUACCAGCAUCAGCAGCAGCGCGAUCCGUUCCGAAACCCUUCCAACAUUGUUCCUUCGCCAAUGAAAGGCACCCACUACCCCUAUGCGGAACAAUAUGCGGAACAAGGACAACAGCGUCAGCAACCGCAAUAUCCGCAAGAACAACAACAGCAACAACGGCAGCAUCCAGCAUCACGCGAUUCAAUGGCAGCGAUCGCAGGCCUCCCCCUCUCCCCCUCGUCCAACUACUCCGUCGGCCUCCCCACCCGCUCACGCGACCUCACAAACGAGAUCCCACACCAAGACCUUUCCACCAUGCGCAUCCCGCCACCGGCACCCAUCUCCACUUCGCUCUUCGACCCGUACGCCCACGCCUCGCGACUCUACUCGGACACCGAGAUCACACACCUCAACGCCGCCCUCGCCAACAGCCACGACCGCGCCAACGCCGCCACGCCAACCUCGUUCACCUCCACCGGCAGCGCGCCGCGCUACGCCGACCCCAAGGAGUCCGCUGCGCGGUUCAGGACGCUGGAAACCCAGCUGCUCAAGGAUCGCAAGAAGGUGGUCUCAAACGUGUACGACGAUUCCGACGACGAGGGCGGGCUGCCGUACAUGUCGUAG